GCGGGGAGCGGGGGGCGGCGGAGCGGCGGCGGCUGCUCGGCGGGCACGGGAAGGAGGCGGAGCGGAGCCCAGCCCAGCCGCCCCUCUCCGGCGAGCCCCACGGGGCUGAGGCGUUCCCUGCCCGCCGGGCAGAGCUGCGGGAGGAGACCGGGCCGGGGGCUGCCCGCCGCCGAGGAGGCUCCCGGAGCGAGGAGAGGAGAGGAGAGGCGAGGAAGGAGCGCGUUCCCCCGGCGCGGGGAAGGGCCUCGCCGUGCCGUGCCGCGCCGUGCCUCCCGGUGCUCCGGGCCCCACCUCGUCGGGGUGGCCGGGGGGGGGGGCGUCGCCGCUGCGCCGGGGGGCGGCGGGCCGGGGCUGCGCGGCGGAGGCAGAUGGGCCGAGGGGCGGCCGCAGCCGUCGCCCACACAGCGGAGCGGGUUUCGCCCCGCCGUCGAGCGGCCCAGCGGUUCCCCGAGACCCUGGCCGUGUGAGGCGGCCGUGGGGACGGGGCCGGGCUGCGCCCCUUCCCUGAGCCCCUAGAGCCGGCCGGGACUGACAGCCGCUGCCUCCCGCCUGGAUAUGUUUCCUUCCCAACCCGGCUGCUUCUUCGACAUCGUGAAGCUGCGUGGGAAAUAAGCCGCCUUCCCGGCACGACGAGCACGGCGCCUGUCCCGGGAGGAGGGCGAUGCGGCCGGCGGCAGCCGCCUUUCCCCCCGCUCCUCCGGCCGCCGAGACAUGAGGGCAGGCUGCUGUAAUGGAGUAAGAGCGGAGACGGCUCCCCUCACCUGCCAUUUGCCCUCCCGGACUGGAUUGUGAACCGAGAGAGCUCAGUAAGGCCGCUGGAAAAAAGGAGGAAAUUCCUCUCGUCCGUAUAUUUUUUUUUCUUCUCUUUCUGCCUCGAUCCUCGGCUCCCCCAGGUAUGACUGCCUCACUGCAGCACCUCUUGCUGGUGCUCCUGCUCUCCAGUGCCACCCUGCUGCUCAGCACUGCGGCUGCUGCACAGAGUGAGGAGCGGCUGUGUGCAUUUAAGGACCCAUAUCAGCAGGACCAUGGAAUCAGCGAGAGCCGAAUCUCCCAGGAGAAUGGCACGAUUUUGUGCAUGAAAGGUAGUACCUGCUAUGGACUUUGGGAGAAAACACGAGAAGGAGACAUACAUCUUGUAAAACAAGGUUGCUGGUCUCACAUAGGAGACCCACAAGAGUGUCACUUUGAGGAGUGUAUAGUUACGACCACACCUUCUUUGAUUCAAAAUGGAACAUAUCGCUUCUGCUGUUGUAGCACUGACUUGUGUAAUGUCAACUUCACUGAAAACUUUCCACCUCCUGACCCUACUGAUACAACACCUUUCAAUUCUUCUCAUUCUUUUCAUCGAGAUGAGACGAUAGUUAUUGCCCUUGCAUCUGUCUCUGUACUAGCUGUUUUGAUUGCUGCUCUGUUCUUUGGAUACAGAAUGCUCGCAGGAGACCGUAAACAAGGUUUGCACAGUAUGAACAUGAUGGAGGCAGCAGCAUCAGAGCCCUCUUUGGAUCUGGACAAUCUAAAGUUAUUGGAGUUGAUUGGCCGGGGACGAUAUGGAGCAGUGUAUAAAGGCUCCCUAGAUGAACGCCCAGUUGCUGUGAAAGUAUUUUCUUUUGCUAAUCGUCAGAACUUUGUCAAUGAGAGGAACAUUUACAGGAUUCCACUGAUGGAACAUGACAACAUUGCCCGCUUCAUUGUGGGAGAUGAGAGAUUCACUGCAGACGGGCGUAUGGAGUAUUUAUUGGUGAUGGAAUACUAUCCCAAUGGUUCGCUGUGCAAAUAUUUGAGUCUCCACACAAGUGACUGGGUGAGCUCUUGUCGGUUGGCACAUUCUAUAACUAGGGGCUUGGCGUACCUACACACAGAGCUACCUCGAGGAGACCAUUACAAACCUGCAAUAUCCCAUCGUGACUUGAACAGCCGCAAUGUACUGGUAAAGAAUGAUGGAACAUGUGUAAUUAGUGAUUUUGGACUCUCCAUGAAGUUAACUGGAAACAGACUAGUACGCCCAGGUGAGGAAGAUAAUGCUGCCAUUAGUGAGGUUGGUACAAUCCGUUAUAUGGCCCCAGAAGUGCUUGAAGGAGCAGUGAACUUGAGGGACUGCGAAUCUGCUUUGAAACAAGUAGAUAUGUAUGCACUAGGCCUUAUCUACUGGGAGAUAUUUAUGAGAUGUACAGACCUCUUCCCAGGGGAGUCUGUGCCAGAGUACCAGAUGGCUUUCCAGACAGAAGUCGGAAACCAUCCCACUUUUGAAGAUAUGCAAGUCUUAGUGUCCAGGGAGAAGCAAAGACCAAAAUUCCCAGAAGCAUGGAAAGAAAACAGCCUGGCCGUGAGGUCACUUAAAGAAACAAUUGAAGACUGUUGGGAUCAAGAUGCUGAAGCUCGAUUAACAGCCCAAUGUGCUGAGGAGAGGAUGGCAGAACUCAUGAUGAUCUGGGAGAGAAAUAAAUCAGUUAGUCCAACAGUCAAUCCUAUGUCAACUGCCAUGCAAAACGAGAGGAAUCUGUCACAUCAUAGACGUGUGUCAAAGAUAAGGCCAUAUCCUGAUUAUUCUUCUUCCUCCUACAUUGAAGAUUCAAUCCACCACACUGACAGCAUAGUGAAGAACAUUUCGUCUGAACAUUCAAUGUCCACAACACCACUGACGUCAGGGGAAAAGAACAGAAACUCCAUUAACUAUGAGCGGCAACAAGCACAAGCUCGCAUCCCUAGUCCUGAGACAAGUGUCACCAGUUUGUCCACCAAUACUACCACCACCAAUACAACUGGCCUCACUCCUAGCACUGGCAUGACCACCAUAUCUGAAAUGCCUUAUUCAGAUGAAACCAACUUACAUACUGCAAAUGUCAUGCAGCCAGGUGGGCCCACUCCAGUUUGUCUGCAGUUAACAGAGGAGGACUUGGAGACAAAUAAACUGGAUCCAAAAGAAGUAGAUAAGAACCUGAAAGAAAGCUCUGAUGAGAAUCUGAUGGAACAUUCACUUAAGCAGUUUAGCGGGCCAGAUCCACUCAGCAGCACUAGUUCCAGCUUGCUUUAUCCACUGAUAAAACUUGCAGUAGAGGUGACAGGACAACAGGACUUCGCACAAGCUGGCAAUGGUCAAGCAUGUUUGAUUCCGGAUGUCCCAUCUGCUCAGGUCUAUCCUCUCCCCAAGCAACAGAACCUUCCGAAGAGGCCUACUAGCCUUCCUCUAAACACCAAAAAUUCAACGAAGGAGCCACGGUUAAAAUUUGGUGGCAAGCACAAAUCAAACUUGAAGCAAGUGGAAACAGGCGUUGCCAAGAUGAACACUAUCAAUGCCGCAGAACCUCAUGUGGUGACAGUUACCAUGAAUGGAGUGGCUGGUAGAAGCCACAGCAUAAACUCUCAUGCUGGCACAAUCCAGUAUGCCAAUGGGGCAGUGCCAUCUGGCCAGACAGCCAGUUCAGUAGCACAGAGGGCACAGGACAUGCUUCAGAACCAGUUCAGUGGAGAGGAUAGUCGACUGAAUAUUAAUUCAAGCCCUGAUGAGCACGAACCCUUGUUGAGGCGGGAGCAGCAGGUUGGCCAUGAUGAAGGUGUUCUGGAUCGCCUAGUAGACAGGAGAGAGCGACCACUUGAUAAUGGCCGAACAAACGUUAAUAACAACAACAGUAAUCCAUGUCCAGUGCAAGACACAGCUACACUCAGUAUCCAGAAUGUAGCGAGAAAUCCUGGACAGACCCAGACUAGAAGAGCACAGAGGCCUAAUUCACUGGAUCUAUCAGCCACAAAUAGUUUGGAUAGCAGUAGUAUGCAGUUAGGUGACUCCUCACAGGAUGGCAAAUCAGGCUCAGGAGAAAAGAUCAAGAAACGUGUGAAAACUCCAUACUCGCUUAAGCGGUGGCGUCCCUCAACAUGGGUCAUCUCCACCGAGCCACUGCACUGCGAGGUCAACAAUAAUGGCAGUGACCGGGCAGUCCACUCCAAAUCCAGCACUGCUGUUUACCUUGCGGAAGGAGGCACUGCCACCACAAUGGUAUCUAAGGACGCAGGAGUGAACUGCCUGUGAAAUACUUUAAAUGCCGACAAAUGACCUUUUUUUUGCAUUAUUUGAAACAAACACGCAGAAGACAUUUAAAAAAAACUUUCUCCUCCUGUCAGCAACCCCUAUCAAGGACUCGCUUUAAAUAGAUUUCAGCUAUGCAGAAAAUUUUUAGCUUAUGCUUCCAUAUUUUUUUAUUUUGUUUUAUUUUUUGAAUGUUUUUGCACUUUUAUUUAGUAUCACUAAAGUUAAGUCUGUCUGUUUUGACCACAGAAUAUAUAUAUGUGUAUCAAAAAUGUGGUCUCAAAAUAUUUUUUUAAAAAAAAGUAACAAAAAAGUAUUGCUGAUAAUCAGUUUGGACCAGUUUCUUAAGGUCACUAAGAUCAUAAGCAGACUAUAAGACAGGUUUGACUGCAGUGGUGUCUUGUAACCAUGUUUUGAUUUCUGUGCACAAGCUAGUCUGUAUAUUUCUAUGUUACAAAGUGUAUUCUCUUUUGAUUACCCCACCCUGCCAUUUUUCUUGUGUCAUGUUGAAAUGUGCAAUAGUCUAUAGUUCACAGUAUGCUUUAUUGAAAAGUGUUUCUAAAACUGCCACGUGUUCCUCUUUUUGUAUUUGUUAAUUUUUCCCUGACAGUUGAGCAGUCAGCCAGUCAUGAGAGUGAACUUUGCACACCAUAGCCAGCUUGAAGCAGCUGCCUAUAUCACAUUGUGCUCCAAGGUGACAAUGCAUGAAUUUUUCCCCAGCUUGAAAGGGCUUUUAAAAAGGAACGAAAAAUAUGAGCUCAGUAUCUUUCAUUUGAUUCUUCGAAACUGAAGUGCUUUUCCUUACCAGUAGUAGAUGCCAGACUGUGAAGUUCUGAGUAACAAACCAUUGAACAAAUUUAAGGCAACAGUUUCAGACAUUCUUGUAUGUUAUUUUGUGUGUAGUUUCACCCUUUGUGUUUAUGUAAAACCAUACUUAGAUCACUAAUAGUGUACAUUGAAAAAUGCAUUUUCAACAGAAAUCUAAAUAACUAUCAUACUUAAAAGCUCUGGUGAAGAUAGGUUGCAAAGAUAUUUUGUAUACACAGAGGAAAAGUCAUCAAUCUUAUUUGGCACAAAACAGUUUUGGGAUGAGUCACAAAUCUUUCUUCAUUUAACACCUUACAGACAGUUUGGGGUAAAAUCAGGCUGAUGACUUAUGCAGCUAGGUGCAUCCUGAUUGGCUGCUGUUGCUAAGUUAAAACUCUUCUUCCCCUCAGAUUUUUAAAGCCCUUCAUUCAUCUUGUUAAAAUCUAUUGUAUGCUUUUAAAAUUCAUGGUUAUGGGUGUUUGGGGACAGGGAUGUUUUUUCUCUGGUUAGACCCUUCUUUCAGUUUGUAUGUAACACUCCACACAUUGAUUUUGGGUGUCAGUGAACAUGAAUGUAAUACAUAUUGAGAUAAUUUUUUUUUUCACCAUCUCAUGUGCAGCCUCUUAAACUCUGUAAGUUUUUGUACAAUGAUCAUUUUUACUGCCUACUUAAAGAAAAUUAAUUUCCUUACUGGUCAGAACUUCCUUCUGCCUAAGAAAUAUCCUUCCACCGAAGAAGUACUCUGAAAACACUUCAGUAAAAAUAUUUAGAUAAAAAAAUAUAUAUAACACAUGUCAGUCUUUGGUACUGAGUAAAGUUUUAUCACUGAAAACUGUUAAUGUUCAAAGAAAGAAAAUCUAUGCAGUCAGUCUGCCAAACUCCUAUGGCAGGAUACUGGCAGCGAACAAUUGCCUCCCCCAGCCUAUCUUCUUUCAGCAGUCUGAAACAGAUGCUCUGUGCUUUCAAGCUCAUUUGUUUCCUUGCUAUUGUAUUACUUUUCCCCAUGAGGUAAACGUGCCAACUCUGUUUUGUACAUCUGAUAUAACUGGCAUAAUGUAUGCCUUGCUACAUCUGAUUCUUGCUGUUUCUCAAACCUUUGUUUAUACUUGAUUUCUAGGAUUUUUCUCUUGUAAUGCUUAUUAACGGUUUCUUAGAAUCUCUGAGAUAUCUCCAAGAGAUAAUUCUAAAUCCAGACUUUUGAUUCAGAGUAGUUGCAGAAAUGCAAGAUAUGAGACAGAGUUUGGAAUGCCUGUGCUCUUUAAGUACCAGUUUGAGUAAUACCUUUUAUCUCUGAGGCACAAUUAUGUUAUAUCGAAGUAUAAAUACGUUGUUAUAUUUCUCCUCUUCAAAAAUACACCCUUUCUCUGGUUUUACUUUUAAUUCACUCCCCAGCUUCCCAUCUGCUGCAAUCUUGCAUCCCAGAUGUUGAAAACUUGCCAGUUGCUCAGCUGGGUUUCAAGACCUGAAUCAGAAUUUUUGGCAUUCUGUUCAUAACGUUGGCUGUGUUUUGCAUCUCUUUUGGACUUCUUCAAGUCCAUAUUUGAAGUACAGUAUGUUGUUUAGUGAUGAUUGCUGUAUCAUGCAAAUUGAAGAUUCUUCACUCCUUUCCCAAUGACUCUUUCAUUUGCCUUACAUGUAUCAUCCAUCAGUAUUUCAGAAUGUGGGCUGAAAAGCAUAUUUAGGACAUUCUUAUCUAACUUGACACUCUAGGGAAAGAAAAGUUAUUUGCCCUGACUACUGCUUCUUUCUGCUAAGACAGAUUUGCAGCAGUCUUCUAGCCUUUUGUUUCAGUCCAAUGCUUUAAUUAGGAAAAAAAAAUCCAACUUUUUUAUGCUUCAUGCAAUGAAAAUCAUUUUAAUACCAGAUGAAAAGGUUCUUCUGCAAUUUUCUUUAAGUGUUCUUAAAGCAAGCAUAAUAAUUUCACUUCCUUUAUCUUUUUCUGUCACUUGCUGGAAAGCCUUUUGGUGUGAAUUAUAAUUAGCAAAAAGUAUUGGAUUGGUAACCUACCAUGGAUAAAUAUAAUUUGUAACUUGAUAGAAAUGUGUACUUUAUCACAAAAUAUCCUAUAGAUUAAAUAGAGAAAAACUAUUUAUUUUUAAAGGUCAGUCAAAACAAACUCUUAACUGUGUAACAAAAUAUUGUAUUUCUGCACAGCUAGAUGAGAUCAGAUUAGCACAGUUUGUUUUUAAUGCUUAUUUUAGUAAUGUCCUUUUUAGCUCACAGCACAUAAUCCAGUCUCCCCAUAAUACUUUCUCUGUAAAUUAAAUGAUAUUGAAUUUUAUCUAAUAUCUUGGAGAAUCAUCUUUAACCAAACAAAAUACAUGUAAGAGAGAAUUCUACAGAUCAGACACAUGGAUAGAUGAUAAAUGUACUAUAAUCAAGGGAGACAAAUGCGUUUUAUUUCUUUGCUUUUUUUAGCGUAAUGAUUAAAGUUGAUAAUUUUCUGUCAAUAUCUCAUGUAAAUUGCAGACAAGAUAAAUAUAGAAAAAUGAAAAAAAGAAUGAUGGUGUAAAUAUAUAUGAAUUGUGCUACUGUCAAAUAGGCAACAGUAGAAUAUUUGCUAUGGUAAUUUAUAAUGUAUAAUUCAAGUCAAAUAUUAUGGCAAACAUUUGUGAUGUUUCUAUAUAUAAGCCAAAAUUCAAAAGCUUAUUGAUUUUAGAAAAUGACAUGCUAGUAGAAGUUAAAUGAGUUACUUAGGUUAAUGCAAUGUCUAUUUUACUGUUUCCUGUAAUAGUGAUACUCACCAACAUGGCAUGGUUUUUAGAAUGUGAAUUCUAACCAUUUGAACAGACAUGCCUGCAUAGUCAAAUUUAUUUUCUUCUAAAAUUGACAUGUGCAAGUAAGAUUAUCUGGAAUGCUUCCCCUGAAUUUACUUACAAAGCUCUAUGCUUCAUGUGCUAAACAAUUAGGAUUAAAAAUGGCUUUCUUGGAACUCUGAGAUGCACUUAAAUUGCACAGCUAAAAGCUAGAGGAGUUCCUAACUUACAAGAAAACCAGUUGAUACUGUCUUCUUCAGAAUAUUCUCUGAAACAAGAACACUUUUUUGAUUGUUUUUUACUUUCUUACCAUAGUUCAUUCAAGUCUUCUUUCCAUUUUGAAAAUUAUCUAAUUUUCAUUGGCAACAGUUUCGUUUUUUUUUAGUGCACAGGGGACAAAAAACAAUGAAAGAUGGAUGCUGGCAGGUUUCAGGAAAAACAAAUGAACAGAACCCUUAUUAAUAUGUUUAUAAAGUGUGUAUCCUCCCAUCUGUCAACUCUCCUAAAAAGAAAUCUUUAAUCCUACCUGUCUCAGAAAGGACAAUAAGGAGGUUCUGUAUUUGUAUGGAAUGGAUUAUUGGGAAAAAAUUAACAAUAAUGAAUUGUUGCGUAGAAAUUACAUAUGUAUACCUGUAUAAAAAUAAUAAAGUUCCCAAUGCUGAAACAGUGAUUUUAAGUGAGAAAAAUAAUAAUUGCUUAGCAGAGUAGUAUGUGCAUGACAUGAUGUAUAUGAAAUUUGAAUUUGGAGCUGCUUAUUAUAGAUUGAAAUAUGUUUGAUUAGACUAUGAAAGUUGGGUUAUAGACUGGAUGACUUAGUAUUUUGCAUAAAUUUGGAUUAUUUGAACUUUUCUAUCUGGUCUCCCACUAUCCAUUUUGCCAAGUAAAUAUAUUAACCUCCUUUUUUUUUUAAUGUCCUUAUUAUUUUUUGUUCAACUUUAGUCCUUUCUUCAGUAAGAAAGCUAUAGCAGUAGAGCUAAAUAUAUAUAUUUUUAUGUAAACUCUGUAUGUAUUUAGAUGUAUAUGCAUAUCAUGCAUAAAUUCCAGGAUUAAAUUCUGUGAGUUACAGCAUCAGAUGUUAGCACUGGUAGCAAGUAUUCUUUUUCAGAUACCAUUUUUAAGUUGUCUUUGCAAUAAAAAUUGGGCACAGACUGAGACACAUAAUCCAGCAGUGUAAGAUCUCCCAUGACAGACUUGUCACUGUUUUUUUAAUGCAGUAGCUAUUGUUAGGUGUGUGGUUGCCCUCUAACACUUUUUUUAGGCCAUUAAAUCCAAUUACAUUUUAGGCUUCUGUGUUGUCAUAUAAAACCUCAAGCUAUAGAAAUACAUAUGUUUGUUAUUUUUUUCCCCUAAAUUGGUUCAUUUUAUGCAAAAUAGUAAAAAAUCAGAUUUCUCAUUUUGGGGUUUCUUCUGUACUGACUAGAAUUGGUAGCAGAACUUCCAGUUAUGCAGCAAAGAGAUUUAGGCAUUCCUGCAAAUCAAAAUGGGAGUUCGGUUUGGCACAAGUUUAUCUGAGGAAACCAGUAUCUAAUCAGCUGGUGCUUGAGCCAAAUGCAGUUGAAAUCAAAGAUAAGUCUGCCAUUGAUUAUGAGCAAGGGAGGGCUAGUUAAGCUGGCAUUGGUUUUAAUAAUUCCUUGGGAGGAUUAGCCCUCGGAGAGCCAAGGUAGAAUGUUGGUUAACUUCAGUGCAUGGGUCAUGUUUCAAUAGGCACCGUAACUGUCACAGUAAGGAAGGAUUUCUUCAAAGUUCUUGCAGGCUUCUGCAGAUAUAUUACAGCAUACAAGUGUCAGGAGCAUGGUAUCUCACCUGGUAAUUAUUUUAAAGCAGAAAUAAUUACCCUUUAUAACUUAGAAGCUUCCAGGUCUCCCAAAAGUCAACUUUUAUAACCCAUUAACUUGUUUUAAAGACAGAGCAAAAAUGUUGAGAUUUAUUUCUAGAGCACUUGAUUCACUUUUUUUGUGCUUCAGAACUGUAUCAUGAAGUAUCACGCUUCAAUCUUCCUUAUUCAAAAAGAGAAAAAAAGUUAAUGUUUCUGUAAUUUUUAAAAAGUCAAAAGAACACAAAGAAACAGGCAAGUCCAAGUUAUCACUGCCUUUCAUUUGUCACUUGAAUUUUCUUAUUUGUGACUCUUCUGUCUCUUUCACAAUGUUGAAAUGUACUUAAAAAGGUUCGUAUGUAAUGUUUCUUGUCUGCUUUUUGUCUCUAGAGGAAAGUGUGCUCUAUUCACAUUUAUAUAAGCUGGAAUCAUAUUUUACAAUUGCUGUUGAUUAUUUUCCCCCCAAAUGCAUUAUAAGAGGAAAAUGAACAUGGCAAAGACUGAAUUCUAGGGUUUGGUCUUCUGUAGAGACUGAAAUUAGGACAUGUGAAACUGCCAUUUUCCUUAUGAAAGACUGUAAAGAGAGCAUUUCUGAGCGAGCUUUUCUGGGGAAGAGCGGGGAGAAACCCUAGAAUAUGGAGUCUCAUCAGAACCCUUUUGUUAACGGGUAUUUUUAGUUUUUCUCUCAAAUGAUUGAGGAAAUGUCAUGUAUGAAUUUAUAAAUAAUUGCUUUCGGUUAUUUCUUUUGUAUAAGCUGCCCAAUACCCUUGCUAUGCUAUAUAAGUUGUGUUUCAUGGAACAGUGUGAGUAUGAAAUAAAAAGCUAAUUUUUUUUAAUCAUCUGUGGAUGCCACUAUGAAAGCUGACAUUGUUAAAGCCACUACAGAGUUUUCUAUGAAUACUUCUAAGAAUUGCUUUGUUAUAUAUAAACCUAAAUAAAGAGAUUGUAUUGAUACAGAGACAUUGGAUAAGAACAUUUAAAAGGCUAUUCUUUAGGUCUAAAAGAAAAGGCUUGCUGUAAAAUGGUGCAUUAUUCCAUUUAUUAAAGAUCAUAUUAAUGACAAAAA